AUGACCUCUCUCACUCUCCGUUAUACUUGCUUAAAAGACCUUCUGGCAGAAGCCUUCUUUACUGACCCUUCCUCCCGUACCAAAGCAAUGUCCGAUGGAUUGCCUUCUAACAGCCACAUUGUUAAGGUCAAUCUUUACCGUAUUAACGUCUGCGAUCCUAGCACAGAUCUACUCGAGCCCAUCGAAAAUGCAUUCCGGCCUUUUGGCAAAAUCGUUCAGCUGAGAGCUCAUCUCUCACACUGUGGUACUUUCCGUGACAAAGCCACUAUCUAUUUAGACACCUCUGGACAAGAUGUAGUCUGCAGUCUCCUAAGCCAUCUCCACCUUGGUGGGUCUCUUUCCUGCCUUGCUGAGCUCCGCUCCACCGAUAUCACACCUGUGUGUGGAUACUGCCAAGAGGAAGAGCAUUAUCUACGCUCCUGCACAAAACGUCUUCCCUGCGCACCUCGCUGUCAAGGAUGCGGUGUUCUUGGUCACGCCAUAGACAGUUGCGAGUGUGUGGUAUUUCAGGUACAAAACAAUAGAAAAAUGAAUCUUUUUAUCUCCUGUACCUUUUGCACACCAGACAACCAGAAUUUGAAUUUCAGAAUUAAGCCACAUGUUACCUUUGCAUUUUCUUAA